GUUUCCCGGGAUGCUUUGCGAAAGCAUGGCGGCCACUUUGUGAGUGUCCGCAAGACGGUUAAAUAGGGCAUUUUAAUUCAAGAGAGGAAUAAGAAAAGUGGUACCUAACAUCUCUUAUAGAUUAUUUUCAUCUUGAUAUCCGCCUAACACAAUGCUUAAUAUCCGCCUGAGUGUGUGGAUUACAAACCUUUAGAAGUUGCGGUCCUGAAGCCUGAGUUUUUGUAAACAUGAUUUGUGCUUUUCUACGAGUUGUACAGCAUGCGGAGAAGCUGCACGGGUCCUUGGGCAGGCAGUUGUUGCCACAUUUUGUGUUCACCAAAGCUUGCUUUAAAACUCAGCCUUUGAGAUGGGGGCUGCGAGAGCAGAAGAUAACAGUACAACCUAGAACUGUCCUUAGGUUCACCCAGAAAACUUUCUGGACACAAGGACCGGACCCCCGGAAAGCAAAGGAGGAUAGUACCAAGCAAGUGUCUAUUCGCAGAAAUCAAAGAGAGGAAACCGGCGUCUCAAUGUCUCAGAAAGUGAGAGAAGCUGGGAGAGACGUCAGCUACUUGAUAGUGGUGCUCUUUGGAGUCGGCCUUACAGGCGGCUUGUUAUACGCGAUCUUCAAAGAACUGUUUUUUUCGUCCAGCCCUAAUAUCAUAUAUGGGAAAGCCUUAGGAAAAUGCAGAACACACCCUGAGGUGAUUGGUGUAUUUGGUGAGCCUUUGAAAGGCUACGGGGAAAUGUCGAGACGUGGGCGGAGACAGCAUGUCCGUUUUUCUGAAUAUGUAAACAAUGGGCUAAAGCGCAUCCGUGUGAAAUUCUACAUUGAGGGCUCUGAACCAGGGAAGCAAGGAACGGUACAUGCAGAAGUGGAAGAGAACCCAGGGAGUGGCCAGUUUGAAUUUCGAUACAUAUUUGUGGAAGUGACUCCUACAAGAUCUAUUAUUGUUGAAGAUAACCGUUCCGAACAAAGUUAAAAGCCUCAAGCCAGCGUACUGCUUCCUGCCAAGAGUGAACGGAUCUGUUCUCACUGUGACCCUCAAUUCUCUUCCAGAAUGUUCAGAACAAGAGUAAAGUGCGUCACACAGAAAGGAAGUGCAGUGUGAGUGUUCAUGAGUUUGGAUCAACUGAGGUCUUUCUUACAAAAAAAACCAUGAAAUGUAGCAACUUUUACAUUAUAUUCAAUUGCCAAUCAUGACAGUAUUUCAGCUCUACCUUCAUGAUAAACUUUUGUUACUAAAAUUUAUAUACACACAUAAGUAAAGUUUUAAGUAUUUUAUGCUGUUUAAUGUUGUGUGGCUUUUAUACAAUCUACAGAAUAAAGAAAACUAACUAGAAGAUGUUAAAAGCAUUUUUAUUUACUUUGGAAUCUAAUUUGAGAUAAGGGAGAAAGCACACUGCCUAAGCAGGGCAUGGCUCACUCCACCUUUGCCUGUGCCCUCACAGGUUGUAGCGUGUCAGACCUCCCCAUUCUGUGGCUGCCAGAGUUACUGUUGGUGGACCAUGGAUGUCCCAGCUCUCAGAAGAAUGGACCUGGUGCUAUUGAGUAAAUGUAUAUAGGAGCCUCAUUUAAGUGUUUUAAUGUGUUUGGACAAAGCUCUAAUUUUACAUAUUUGCAAGAACAUUUCACAAGAAAAACUAAUUUGGCUUGUCCAAACAUAACAAAACAUAAUAUAUAACCUGUUCCUUUUGGAAGUGUUUUCUGAACAUUUGUUAAACUUGGCCUUCCUCUUGGAAGUUUUGAUCAUACAAGUGUUCUAUGCAUUUAGAAAGGUCUAGAAAACUUUCUUUAUCCUGAGGAGCUUAAAUGUAGGAUUACUUCUGUGGUGUUUCUUCCAACGUUGGAAUAGGUGGAGAGGUUUCAGAUGGGUUCUUGAUAUGGUGGCCUAUUGAGGGAAGUCUGUCUACCCCACACCCAAACCCCUGGACAUCUCUCCGCUCAGCUUAGUUGAUCUUACUUUGUUUACUUUUAACUACUUUGGUUUCUUGCUAAAUAAAUAGCCCUGGCUAGCCAUAAACUUUUCAACUGCUUGCCUUAGUCUCUCUGGCGCUAUAUUUACAAGCAUGAAUCAUCACUCCCACGUUUAAAUGACUUUUUUCAUAAAUCUGAAAUUUUUCAUACUUAGGGAAUAUAGAAAAUAUCAGCAGAGCUUGUCUUCCUGGUACCACAUUUUAAGUGACAAGGUUUGUAUAUGUUUGGCCCAGGGAGUGGCCUUACUGGAGUGGAUGUGGCCUUGUUGGCAUGGGAUUUAAUGCCUUUGUCCUAACUGCCUGGAGGCCAGUAUUCUGCUACCAGCCUUCAGAUGAAAAUGUAGAACUCUCAGCUCUUCCUGCACCAUGCCUGCCUGGAUGCUGCUCAUCUUGUUCCCACCUUGAUAAUAGACAACUUUUAAACCUGUAAACCAGCCCCAAUUAAAUGUUGUCCUUAAAAGA